GUAUAACAGUUAAAUCAGUAGAACCAUUAGCGUUAGAAGCAUUACAUAAUUGGUCAUUAAUUACAAAUGAAGAUGUGAAAUUAGUUAGUGAACAUGUGGAAACACGUUCUUUGAAACAUCCAGAUAAUCCAGGUUUAAUUCAAGGUCGUCUACAAAUGUGGAUUGAUAUGUUUGAAAGAGAAGUUGCUGUUCCACCGCCAGCUAUUAAUAUUUCACCACGUGUACCAGCUGCCUAUGAAUUACGUGUUAUUGUAUGGAAUACAGCUGAA